UUUCAAAACGGAGCAAUGACUUUCUUUAUUCUCUUAUCAAAAAUUUUCAUAACUUUCAGUCUGUAAUAAACCUGAUCGGGGGGUGUAUGUAGGUGUUUGAAAAUAAACAUCAACUAAAGAAGUUUUUAUAAAAUUUGUUGUGUUUUGAAUAAACUGCAAAGAAGAUAUAAGAUAUUGCACAUUGUUGACUUUGAAAUAGAUCAAAUAAGUAUCGUCGUAAUGUUUGCGGAUAAGAUGGGGGAUGUGUGGAGAAUGGGCUCACAUAUGGAAAGUGUGAUUAAAGCCUAUAAGACUCUUAGCAAAAUCCCAUCCGUAGUAGGGGGAACAUUAAAUAGUAAUGGUAAUAGGAUUAUAUCGAAGUGGUCGGUACGUAACAUUGACAAAGGCAAAAACACAAGAUAUCAGAUUGAAUAUUUUUUGGAUAAGAACUUAGAUGUCACCAAUGAAAGUUACUUUGGUGUGGAUGUUAGUAAUGAGUUGCUAGUUGCAUAUUCACCGAAUGAGACUUACAAAGCUGUUAUAUCCGAGGAAAAGGAUGAAAAGGAUAGCAAAAAGAAGUUCUUUUUGGAAAUUUGGUCAAUGAAUUGUCUUAGCCGUUCCAUCGACCUCACCGCACUUGACAUACAUGGAGAUGUCUAUGCAGACUCCGAAUUCGGAUGCCUCGAUUGGUCUCCCGAUGAAAAGAAAAUCGUCUAUGUGGCGGAGAAGAAAGUUAAGAAAUCCGAGCCUUACAUUAAAAGGAAGCCGACAGCUGGCACACCUGAUGAUAAAACAGUACCUGGGGAGGAGCAUUUGUACAAGGAAGAUUGGGGGGAGCAAUUGACAUCCAAAAUACAAGGGGUCAUUGUGGUCUGUGAUGUUGAUAGUGAAACUUUCACUGUAUUGGAUAAUCUGCCAGAUGAUUGGUGUCCCGGUCAGGUACGGUUUGCUCCUGAUGGCAAGAGUGUGGUGGGGGUGGCCUGGGAGACUGGACUUAGACGUCUAGGUCUUAUCUAUUGUACUAACCGAUAUAGCUUCGUAUUCAGUCUAACGCUAGACGGAGUGCUCAAGAAGUUAAGCCAAGUGACUUACUCAGUGCGUUCACCACGAGUGUCACCUCACAGAGUAGUGUGGCUGCAGAGGUAUGCUGGGGGUCCUCAUCACUCCUGUCACCAGCUCGUGGGACUGACGUACCAGCAGAUAGAGCUCAUGAAAAAUGUUGAAGUUGAACCAACGAUCAUAACGGAUCUUGUCGAGACCGAGAGGAAGAUAUCAAACGAUUUCUUCUACGGAAUUUUCUGCCAGGGACUACCUUUAAUGUGUUUCGUCAAAAACAAACAAGGGCUAAAAACGGACGACGAGAGAAUAGUGUUCAGUACGCAACAGCAAAACGAAAUUAGGAGUUACGUAGUGCACGUUGAGAGCGGCAAUAUGGUAGACAUAUCGCACAAGAAGGAUGGCCCGGGGUCCACCACCGUGCUGUGUGUGAGGUCGGAUGUAGUGCUGGCUACGUUUUCAAACUUAAGAACACCGUCACAGUUGUUCGUCGCUAGACUUCCACCAACAGGUCACGAGGCUGGCAUCGAAUGGGUGCCGGUGAGUAAACCACACACUCUGCCGAGUUCAAUAUCUCAAGGGAAAAUACAGUACAUGCACUUGGACCACAACAACGAUGACAAAGUCUCCAAGUUCACGGCGAUGUACUUCGGGCCGGACCAGCAAGGCAUAUAUCCUCUGGUGGUGUGGCCACACGGCGGACCGCACUCCGCCUUCUCCAACACCUACUCCUUGGAAGCUGCGUUCUUCAACCUCAUCGGAUUCGCUACGUUGUUAAUAAACUACCGCGGUUCAGCGGGCACUGGGAACGGUUCGAUCUGCUAUUUGCCAAGUCGCAUAGGGACAGCUGAUGUUCUGGACUGCAAACUCGCCACCGACAAGGCCAUAGAUAUGUUCCCAGUUAACGAUAAGAAGCUGUUGCUGUAUGGCGGUUCUCACGGCGGGUUCCUGGUCGCGCACCUCAGCGGGUUGUUCUAUGACUUCUACCACGCCGCCGUGCUGAGGAAUCCUGUGAUAGACCUCGCUUCAAUGAUCCACACCACUGACAUCGCUGAUUGGUGCGCGACCGAGGCCGGUUUCGAAUACAUAGAAGGUGGUCAGGAAUUUGAAGAUACUCUUCUAUUACUCCAUCGCGCAUCACCAAUAAUACACUCACACAAUGUGAUCAUACCGACAGCCGUGAUGCUCGGCACCAAAGACAAAAGGGUUCCGUACUACCAGGGACUGGAGUUUGUGAGGAAAUUGAAAGCCAAAGGCGUUCCUACCAGGGUUUUGCUGUAUGAUGAUAACCACGCUCUGAGCUCGCUGCCAGUUGAAAUGGACAAUCUGAUCAACGCCGCUGAUUGGUUCAUAAACGCUAUCAAACCAUAGCUGUUGAAGGAGAGGUACGGGGAAUACCUCAGAGAUGUGGCUCUGGAGAUGCUGCUGUGAAUGUCGUACGAUUAUGAACUUUAUCCCACUUAUAUAUAACGUUCUGUAUCCUAUAAUAAGAUUUGAUAUGAAAAAAUGUCUUUUAGUAUAUUAAAUAGACUGUAAUAACCUCUCCAAUAGUUCCAAUGUCACAGCCAUGAAUUAGAAUGGACUGAUUUGUCUUAAUUAAUAACACAGAAAUUAAUCUCAGAUGAUAAUCUGUGAGGCCGCUAUUAACACGUAUCUAAUAUAAUAUGUAACGUAAGUGAAGUCUCUUAGAAAAUAUUAAUCUCUUAUAUAUAAUUAGAGUCUUUUAAAAGUAUUGUGAAAAAAAAGUCCCAUUGAUGGAAUAAUUUAAAUAGGUGACGCUUAGAAAGUGUCAAUGUAAGUAUUUGACGUUUGACACCUGUCAGCUGUUAUUAUAAAAUGUGUAAUUGUAUAAGUCCAAUUACAAAAUAUUUUUUUUGAUAUUUUUCUAUGUGUAAUCGUAAUAUGAUAUUGGAAUUUAACAA